AACGAUGAAGCUCAGCAGAGGUAAACUGGCGUAUGUGCGAGUCGCAGAAAUAUCGUUGGCCAUUUUCGCUGCGCUCAUUACUCCAGUGGCUGAGGCCCGCACGAUUUCCGCGUACUGCGGGUAUUACGAAUUCGGCCGCGGCUGCAGGAAUGUCAACAGGUGCCCCAAUAUGGAUCCCUUACGGUGCCGCCAACCCCCUACCACGUGCGAGCCUGUUCAUUCUGGAAUAGACGACGCUGAUAAGGAGGUAAUCCUCAGCGCCCACAACCGCUACAGGAGUCGAAUAGCAACCGGAAACUACUCCAAGUUGCCACAUGCUUCAAACAUGUUGGAAAUGGAAUGGGACGACGACCUAGCGAGAAUAGCGCAGGACGAUGCCAAUCUUUGCGUUGGUCAGUCAUCGAGCUCUUUUAGCACGAGGAACGGCAGAUUUCCUUGCAUCGGCCGCAGCAGUUGCUUGAUGCAAGCGGAUUUCGAAGACUAUCCUGAAUGGGAAAGAUGCAUACGAAGCAUGUUUGACGAGUAUCGGAGGAUUCCCAACUUGCGUUCAACUACGAAACUGACGACAAUGCAUGGAGUCGAAAGCUUCACCCAGCUGGCUUGGGCGACAACUUGGAAGGUUGGAUGUGGCUACACAGUAUACGCAUCCCGAUCGGCUUUCGACUCUUUUGACAAGCGCUACACCUGUGCCUAUGGCCCAGGUGGAAAUGUGCGAGGUGACGAAGUGUACAAAGUUGGUACAGCUUGCACCAACUGCCCGGAAGGUACUUGCUAUGGAGAAUCAUGUGAGGAGUACAACAUCGCUCCCUCCUACAAUGGAUUGUGCAAGGUGAUCGACGAUGGCCCGGCUUUUCCUUUGGACGACGAAGACAACCUGUUGUGGGGGUGCUUGUUCAACAAAGCCACUUCACGUUCAUGCACCUUCCAAAGUGAUCCGCGGGACGGUUGGAAGACGAAGACGUUUUUCGGAAUGGGCCACGCCGAAUCCGUGCUCGAGUCUGGCCAGAGUGCGGAGAUGACCUUCGAGCAGCCCAUCCAGUCCAGCAACGGCCGGCUGUGCGUCAAGGUCGAGUACAAUAAGGGUCCCAACGUCACUGGAACGACCGACCGCGGAGUGCUUGACCUUGUGGCGACACCUGUCGAUCGGCCUGACCGACAGACCGUUGUCAAUCUGUCCGGAGGAGCAAUAAACCUGAUGCGCACGAGCAUCACGCUCCGCUACAACGUUGGUGUAAAGAUAAGCUUCUCAUUCAUGGUGCCAAGAGGAAGCCCGGCCCAGUACGUCAACAUUUACAAGGUUCUCAUUUACGAGAAGGCUUGCUACGAGUGAUAUGAUAAACGUGCCGCAUGCCUCGAAUAAACAGUCUUGCGUUGUUA